AUGGUAAUUUCUGAGAGUCAUGUCACUGCCCCCUUCAAGAAGGCCAAAACAGGGAAGGAAUACGCCCCGCAGGAAUACGACCCGCAGCACGAAUACGCCCCGCAGGAAUACGCCCCGCACGAAUACGACCCGCAGCACGAAUACGCCCCGCAGGAAUACGCCCCGCACGAAUACGACCCGCAGCACGGAUAUGAAUACGCCCCGCACGAAUACGACCCGCAGCACGAAUAUGCCCCGCAGGAAUACACCCCGCAGGAAUACGCCCCGCAGGAAUACGACCCGCAGCACGAAUAUGCCCCGCACGAAUACGAAUACGCCCCGCACGAAUACGACCCGCAGCACGAAUAUGCCCCGCAGGAAUACACCCCGCAGGAAUACGCCCCGCAGGAAUACGACCCGCAGCACGAAUAUGCCCCGCAGGAAUACACCCCGCAGGAAUACGACCCGCAGCACGAAUAUGCCCCGCAGGAAUACGAAUACGCCCCGCACGAAUACGACCCGCAGCACGAAUAUGCCCCGCAGGAAUACACCCCGCAGGAAUACGCCCCGCAGGAAUACGACCCGCAGCACGAAUAUGCCCCGCAGGAAUACACCCCGCAGGAAUACGACCCGCAGCACGAAUAUGCCCCGCAGGAAUACGAAUACGCCCCGCAGGAAUACGACCCGCAGCACGAAUACGCCCCGCAGGAAUACGCCCCGCACGAAUACGACCCGCAGCACGAAUAUGCCCCGCAGGAAUACACCCCGCAGGAAUACGCCCCGCAGGAAUACGACCCGCAGCACGAAUAUGCCCCGCAGGAAUACACCCCGCAGGAAUACGCCCCGCAGGAAUACGACCCGCAGCACGAAUAUGCCCCGCAAGAAUACGCCCCGCAGGAAUACGACCCGCAGCACGAAUACGCCCCGCAGGAAUAUGCCCCGCAGGAAUACGACCCGCAGCACGAAUAUGCCCCGCAGGAAUACACCCCGCACGAAUACGAAUACGCCCCGCACGAAUACGACCCGCAGCACGAAUAUGCCCCGCAGGAAUACACCCCGCAGGAAUACGCCCCGCAGGAAUACGACCCGCAGCACGAAUAUGCCCCGCAGGAAUACACCCCGCAGGAAUACGACCCGCAGCACGAAUAUGCCCCGCAGGAAUACAAAGGACAGAAGACCGGCUCUCCACCUCACCAAUAG